GAUGAUCGAUCCUUAACGCUAUAGCCUUAUAGGGUUUGAAAACUCAUUCUCCGCCCUUUAUGUUUGAAUAGAGUUCACAGAUACACACUCUCUCUCUCUCUCUCUCUCUCUCUGCAUUUCUUGUUCUGCGUUUACAGAUCUCUAUCUCUCUCUCUCUCUCCAUCCAUCAAAUCUUCGUUUUCUGGAUGUUCAAAUGCACACCAUCUCGGUCGCAUCGUUGACUUUCGCCUUACUCGGUUUCUCUACAUACUAUUAUCGGAAGCUCAGUUCGAUCGAGAAAUGUUUAAUUGUUUGAGAACAACAAUCCACUGGGACUAUAAAUAAGUCAGAAUUGAGUGGCUUGGGAACUAUUAUUAAUGAGGAUGAUAUGAAGUCUCUUGUAAGUUUUUUGGGUAUAGUGUUUAAUUUUCUUUUUUUUUUUUGCUGGAACCCAUAAUGUGGUAUAGUUACUAGCAGACCUUAUCUAUGGACAAUGACAGAAGAAUUAGUGGGCUUGGCGAUAAUAUUCAGAAAAACCGAGCACUUAACGGGAGGACUAGUGGGCCUACAAGGCGAUCAACUAAAGGGCAAUGGACCCCUGAAGAGGAUGAGACUUUGCGGAGAGCAGUUCAGCGUUUCAAAGGAAAGAACUGGAAGAAAAUUGCUGAAUGUUUCAAGGAUCGGACUGAUGUACAAUGCCUUCAUAGGUGGCAGAAGGUUUUGAAUCCAGAACUCGUCAAAGGUCCAUGGUCUAAAGAGGAGGAUGAUGUUAUAGUUGAAUUGGUGAAACAAUAUGGGCCAAAGAAGUGGUCUACCAUUGCUAAUCAUUUACCUGGACGUAUUGGUAAGCAAUGUCGGGAAAGGUGGCACAAUCAUCUUAAUCCUGCUAUAAAUAAAGAGGCAUGGACACAAGAAGAGGAGUUGGCUUUAAUUCGUGCUCAUCAGGUAUAUGGAAACAAAUGGGCAGAGCUAACGAAGUUCCUUCCAGGGAGGACAGACAAUUCUAUAAAAAAUCAUUGGAACAGUUCUGUAAAAAAGAAACUGGAUUCUUACUUAAAAUCAGGCUUGCUUACACAAUUCCAGGGCUUACCUCAAGUUGGACAACAAAGCCAACCCAUAGGUUCAUCUUCUUUGAAGAUUAGCGGAGAUGAUAGUAGUUGUAGAGGGACAGAAGCAGAGGAGGUUUCGGAAUGCAGUCAAGAUUCAACUGUCGCCGGUCGCUUUCAGACUGCUGGAGAAAUGGCCAAUGUGGUAUUAAAUACAAGAGAGGAACUUCAGACUACUGAAGUAACUGGUUCAGGCAACUUGCCCAUCUCCAGCCCAGCAUCUUGUUCAGAACCCUAUUAUCCAUCUCUGGAGGAUUCUGCUUUUUCCAGAGCAGAGAUAUCUCAUGACAUAGAUUGUGGUGCAAAAUAUCUCCGGCAAAAUUUUUCAAAUGAUGCUGAAGUUUCAAUGGGUGGGGAUUACCAUUUCGAUUUGCAUGACAUGUCUAAUAUUUCUUCAAGACAUUUGGAACGGGAAUCAUCAGAGAUGCAAACUUAUUGUUUAGGUGCCAGUGAGAGCAAUGAAGUAGCUAAUGUUUCAUUAGAAAUUUCUGGUGGGUUAAUCGUUUCUGCUUCCAUGGGGAACAUGCACACAGGUUCUGAAAAACCAGAGCACAUGCUGAUAUCUGAUGAUGAGUGUUGUAGGGUUCUAUUUUCAGAAGCAAUGAAUGAUGAAUGCUUUUCCUCAAGAAAUCUUGAAGGUGGAGGCUCUGGUUCAGCACUACACCAAUCAUCUAAAAUUCAGAUGUCUGAUGCUGGUGGAAGUGUGCCUUCACAAGUACCAGGUCAUUCAAGCGCUGAUGUAACAGGAAUUUCAUGCUCUCAAAACUUCUUUUCUGAUCCAGUGUCUGUUGAUGAUGGUCGACUUGUAUUUGGCAGUGAUUCAAAUAGUUUGCUUAUAGUUCCAGAACAAGAGUAUGCCACCUGUUCACGUGAUGGAUUUAUCUAUACCAAUGAUUCUGCCAAUUCUCCUUGCAAUGAUAAUAUGGAUAUGUCGAGAAUGCAAGAGCAACUGAAUACAUCGAAGGAUCCUUCAAAAUUGGUUCCUGUCAAUAGUUUUGGCUCAAAAUCGGAUACUCAAACUUGUCCCACGGUUUCAAGACCAAAAGUGGACAAGGGUGAACAGGAUGCAGGAGUACUAUGUUACGAACCUCCUCGCUUUCCAAAUUUUGAUGGUCCAUUUUUUAGUUGUGAUCUUAUACAGUCCGGCAGUGAGAUGCAGCAAGAAUAUAGUCCUCUUGGUAUUCGCCAGCUGAUGAUGCCUUCCAACUGCCUUACUCCAUUUAGAUUAUGGGAUUCACCAACACGUGAUGGUAGUCCUGAUGCGGUGCUUAAGAGUGCUGCUAAAACAUUCACGGGUACACCAUCUAUUUUUAAGAAACGACACCGGGAGUUUAUGUCACCAUUGUCCGAUAGGAAAAAGGACAAAAAGCUGGAGAAUGAUAUGACCUCUAGUUUGACCAAAAAUUAUUCCCGUUUAGAUAUUGCUGUCCAUGAUAAUAGGGGUAAUAAAGCAUCUUUGCAAUCCCCGUCGCCUAACCAGAAUGAGAACGUCAAAGAGCCAAGUGAAUAUACUGAAAGGCUGGCUCGUACCUCAGGACAGGAUUCUGAGAAAGUGGGUAACAAUAUGGCGUUUUCACACGACAGAAACACAGGAAACGUUUUCUGUGAUAGUGAACUACAUAAAAAUACAGACCAAGAAGCAUCGGAAAUUGAAGAUAAGACCAAGAUUGAUGCUGAUUCCUCUUCCCAAUUGCCCUCUGGGGUCCUUACUGAACAUAAUAUGAAUGAUCUGUUGUUAUUUUCUCCUAAACAAGUUGAUUUCAAAGCUCGAACACCUAGAAAUCAGCAUCUCAAAAGCUUUGAUCCUUCACCAAAUCGAGGUCUUAGUUCGAUAUCUUCUGGAAUUGUUUCUGCACCGUUUUGCUCUCCUUCAUUAAGUGGGAAGAAACUCAAAAUUCAGGCUAUAGCAGGGACAUGUGGGCAACAUGAUUCUUCGUCAACCCUCCCUGAGAUGAAUGUUUCUACUGCUGGGAGCAAUGUCACAGUUGAAACUUUCAGCAUAUUUGGUGAUACCCCAUUUAAAAGAAGUAUCGAAUCCCCUUCGGCAUGGAAGUCGCCCUGGUUUAUAAAUUCUUUUAUAGCUGGGCCCAGAGUUGAUACUGACAUCUCUAUCGAGGAUAUGGGGUAUUACGUGAGCCCUGUAGAGAGGAGCUAUGAUGCGAUUGGAUUGAUGAAACAAGUAAGUGAGCAUACCGCAACUGCUUACGCCAAUGCUCAGGAGGUUUUAGGAAAUGACACUCCUGAAUCAUUAAUGAAAGGAAAACUCAACCGUGACACUUGGGGAAAGAGCAGUCAACUAGGAAUUCGUUCCACAUUGCCACAAAAUAUUUUGGCCGAGUGUCGUGUUCUCGACUUUAGUGAAUGUGGAACUCCUGGGAAGAAAGCAGAUCCUGGGAAGUCCUCGACUGGUAUUGCCAACUUCUCGAGCCCCUCUUCUUAUCUGCUGAAAAAUUGCAGAUGACAAUUUCCUCGAAGCCUCAACAUGCUAUAUAAUAUCCCCCCCUUCAUACCCAUACAUAUAUAAAAACUGUAGAAGUGAGCUCAUUUUUUUUCUUGUAAAAACUACAUUGUAACCUAUAUUUAUAUAUAUUUCAUAAUUUUACGCCGAUUUUUUAUGAA